UCCUGCUAAAAAAUUUGCGAGAGCAAAGUGCUUUGUGUUUGUUGAAAAAAAGCGGUCUUCGAGAUUAUAAAAUGUUAUUAUUCGAUAAUUUGUGCAUAAUUUCUUCCAAAAAUGAACAAUAAUCAAUCCUCCAGCGUUGAGAAAUUACUAGACUUCGAUUGGAACAUCAAGCAAGUUAUCGGUAGCAGUUCGUGCAGAUCGAUCGAAGACACCUUGACUCAAAUCACUUUCCAUACAAUCGCCCAAUCAGCUUCAUCUGACACCAUUGAGAAGAAGAAUACGACGAUUGAAUUCGACAAAAACGAAUUGAAAAACCUGAUUACAACUCUUCAGAGCAUGAAACAGAAUUAACCAGCUUUGGUACGUUGUUGAACGUUAUACCAUUACUACUAUAAUCAGUACAGUACGUUGUAAUCUGUAUAAAAAACAAACCCACCCAAAAUGGUUCUAUCGGAAACCGAAGAGAUCUACAAAAAACACCAACAACUAUGCGCCGAUUUGAACUUAGACAAAGAGUCGAACAACAUAUCGUGGAAUAGUUACGUAGCCACGAAACGUAACUAUACAUUGGAAGGUAACCAGUUACACUGGCUCGCUUGUUCUAUUUACGUCGCUUGCAGAAAAUCAUCGGUACCUGCUAUCGGCCGUACGAAUACGCUGAUCGAAGGUAAUCUCGUUAGUCUUACAAGACUCCUUCGUAUCUGCGACUUGACGCUGAUCCAAUUCAUCGAGAAAUGUCGCAAGUGGGCGAACAUGGGCGGACUUUCGGCCGAUUUCCGAAGCAAGAUUAACUGCUUGGAGAGAAAAUUCGCCGUAUCUGCUUUGGUGUUCAAGAAAUUCCGGUCUAUAUUUUACGAUAUGUUUAACCAAGAACAGUCGACUGAUCCGGAUAAAAUGAAAGUGGCCAAGAAGGGUAAAGGUAUUACGUGCACGACGACUAGACUGAUGGAGUUUGCUUGGACUCUGUACCUUGUGGUGAAGUCGGAAUAUCCGGAUAUUAGCGAAGAUUUAGUUAAUUCGUUCCAUCUUUUGUUGGCUUGCUGCGAUAUGAUUUACGCGAACGCUAUUUCUUCAGAUAGAAGGGAUAUAUUGAACGAAAAAUUCAUCGGGUUACCUGAACACUCGUUCGAUGAAGAUUACGAUCCUCCCGUCGAACCUAUUUGCAUUAUAGACGAGCUGUGUAAAAUACACGAAGGGAUUGUUAUCGACGCCAAAGGUGUACGCGAGUAUAACUGGAAGCCGCAGAUUCGCAAGCUAUUCGAACGAGGUGUUUUGAAAGGAGAUUCGUCCAAUUUCACCGAGAUCUUUCAUCCUGACGUCUUCGACCUGAACUACCGUUCGGUGAACAAGUGUUACGAACAAUAUGUUCUGAGCGUAGGUGAUUUCGACGAACGAGUCAUGGUUCUAGACCAAGCCGACGAAUCCAGCGAACAUCCAGCCAUCAAAGGGGAAUCUGCCGCCAGUGGAGGUACCGAUGAGAAAUUCGACAGCGACAGGGCUUCGAUAAUUUACCCCAACACGCUCACUCCUCUGACCGGACGCCAGUAUUUGAAGAAUCGAGACAGCUUGGCCAACGUGGCCGGUAAUACACCGAUGAUCAACGCUAGCGAGAACGUGAUACGAUUGCAGACUAUUCUGAAUAGUCGAAGAACACCUCUGAGUCAAUCUCUACGCGAUGUAGGUAAACUGAGCGAACAGACCGUCGUUGAAAUAGAAACCGAGAUCAAGAGAUGUGUGGCCGAAAUGCGCGAAUUGAUUAUUCAGUAUGGCGAUUCCAGAAGCACCGAUUUUAUUCGAAGACGAGUCGACAUGGCGGAGAAAUUCUUCUUCAAAUUGCUAGACGAUAUCGCUCAAGAAGAGAUCAAGAUGAAUAAACCAGAUAUAGGUAAAUCUCUCAAACAAGACUUGUUCCUUCGUUCGUUGUUCGGUUGCGCUAUGGAAGUAGUCGUGUUCGCUCAUACUUCAUCGAACGAUUUUUCUUGGAUCUUGGAGGCGUUACAUCUAGAAGCCUACCAUUAUUACAAAAUAAUCGAGCUCGUGGUCCGAACCGAAAUACAAUUAUCUCGCGAUAUGGUCAAACAUUUGAACAUGGUCGAAGAGAAGAUCCUGGAAACGAUGUCGUGGGAAAGCAGCAGUCCAUUGUGGACCGUCAUCGACGAAUCAAAUCUGCCCAUUCCUGCUUGCGAAGAGGUCUGCCUGCCUCAUCAAUUGAGCUCGUUCGAGGCAGCUCAGCAACGUAACAGUUACUCGAUCCAGACGGUGAAAUCGGGCAAACUGGGCGAAUUCAAAUCGGUCUCUAGAACUAGCGAAGGUAUUGGCAAAAAUGGCGUAUUAUCGAAACCCAAACGAGGCGGAUCGUUGGGACUGUUCUUUAGAAAAUUCUACCAUCUUGCUUCGGUCCGAAUGCAAGACCUUUGCGAAAAGCUCAACAUAAACGAUAAAGAGGUGCGGCUUAAAAUAUGGACGUGUUUCGAAUACGUCAUCAAGAACCAUAUAAGCUUGAUGAAGAACCGCCACCUCGAUCAGAUCCUAAUGUGUACCUUGUACGUGGUCUGCAAAGUGUUAGAUAUGAAUCUGACGUUUCACGAGAUCAUGAAAUGUUACCGUAGUCAGCCGCAGGCGGUGAGCAGUAUUUACCGGAACGUAUUAGUAGAUGUGCCUUCGUCGUCGUCGUCGACCACCAACGACUCAUCUACAGAUAAUCCAACCCCCCAAGACACAUCUCCCGGACGAGGCGACCUGAUUAAAUUCUACAACAAGGUGUACGUCAAAGUAACUCAAAGCUUCGCGUGGAAAUUAUCUACGAAAUCGAACCAAAAAGGAGAUAUCAAUUUAACUCCUAUACCGAUGGGUAAAUCGUCCAAGACCAACUCGCCCUACAGAAGGGUAUCGGAUAAACAUCCCAUAUUUAUAAGGUGUUUAGAUAACACCGAACAAAUCCCCCCUUCUCCGAUAAAACCGCUUAGUUACUAUUUCAGUCGCAGUCCGGCUAAAGAUUUGCACGCCAUAAAUAACAUGAUGUCGUUGGGCUUGGGAUCGGUUAAACGAAAUUUAAACAGAGAGGAUGACGAUGAAGUGCCUCAAAUUAAACGAUUUGUUCCUCGAAACGGGUCUGCGAAAUUACAAGAUCUCAUAGAAGAUCGCAAUAAGUUCUAGAUUUAAUCGCGUAUGUAUUUUGUAUCGUUUAAGUAUAAUAUGAAUUUUUAUACUUACUUUUUUUUCGUGGUUCUCGCAGUUACGUUUAUUUUUAUUUGUUUUUUUUUCUCUCUCUCUAUCUCUCUAUCUGUCUUCGAAAUUGUUUCCUUUUUGCUAAUUAUUAUUUUAGUUUGUAGUGGUUAUAGAGUUAUCCUAUGUUCGUAUUUUAUCGUGUUUUAUGAAUUGUGUUUUUUUUUCUCUUUUUUUCUUUCUUGAUAAGUACCUCCUCUCCUAUCAUUGAUAGAAUUUGUAGUAUUUUUGUGCAAGACUUGUAAAUACUUAUUGUGUGUUGUCCGAAUAUAUUUUUGGAUUUUUCCGCCAUUUUA